AUGACGUUUACAGACGCGCUGGACCCGAGGGCGUUCCUCAAGGAGCCGAGGGCGAGAGGCUACGCGCUCGCGCAGGGAUGCGCGCUCCUUUCCGCGAUCUCGGCGAUCGCGAGCACCGCGCUCGCCAACAGAGGCGCGAACUUCCCGGCGUGGCAGUCGUUCAUCUUGUACGCGCUCCUCGCAGCGUACUUCGUCCCCGCGCACGCGCGAGCGAGAUACCUCGAACGGAGUAGUUCGACGACGACGACGGCGGCGGCGACCGCGGACGACGCGAGGACAUCGGACGCGACGCCGGGAAUCGUAACAACGAACGACGACGACGCGGCGGCGUCCGCCGCCGCGAACCCGGGCGAUGCCGAGACGAAGAGCACGAGAACGCUCGCGAGGUACGCCCUCCUCGCCGCGAUCGACACGCAGGCGAACUACUGCAUCGUCAAGGCGUUCAAGUACACGUCCCUGACGAGCGUGACGCUGUUGGACUGCGCGGCGAUUCCGUUCUCGAUGGCGCUCGGCGCGGCGACGGUAGGCAGCGUGUUCACUCGCGCGCACGUCUUAGGAGGCGGCGUCGCGUUCGCGGGUCUCGCGAUCCUCGUCCUCGCGGACGCGUCGUCGUCGUCGUCGUCGUCGUCGUCGUCGUCGUCGUCGUCGUCCGCGAACGGGGGAGGCUCGAACCCCGUGCUCGGGGACUUUCUCGUCCUCGUCGCCGCGUUUUUGUACGCGUGCAGCAACGUGAUGCAGGAAGCGUCGCUCCUCGACGGCGCGACCGCGAGGGAAAUUUUGGCGCACGUCGGAGGGAUCGGCGCGUGCAUUUCCGGUCUCCAGUGCGCGGCGUUCGAGUCCGAGGAGCUCGCGAGCGCGAAGGAGGCUGGGGGAUUCGUCGGAUUUUGCCUGUUCGCCGCGUUCGCGGCGUCGCUCUUCGCGAUGUACGCCGCAGUGCCGAGCGUGUUGUCGCUGUGCGGCGCCGCGGCGUUCAACGUGAACAUGCUGAGCGCGGAUCUGUGGGCCGCCGCGGCGCGAGUGAUGAUCUUCGGAGGGUUCGGGUCGUGGGCGAGCGGUCUCUCGUUCGUCGCGUCGCUCGCCGUCGUGACGAUCGGACUCGUCGUCUUCGCCGCCGCGGGGGAGCCGCUGCCGCCGGAUCGGAAACGCGACGGCGCGGUCGAGAUGCGGUACGAGGUUUUAGACGAGGAAGGCGGCGGCGGCGGGGAUGAGGUCUCGAGCGGGCGCUUGAUCGCCGGCGAUGCGUAG